ACACCUUUUCAGAGUAUUUUUUCGUUGAUGUUGCGCUUGAAGUCUUGCAAUGUACAACAAUAGGCUUGGCGAAUGUAAAGUGUGGGGAAUGAUAUGACUUGAGCUUUUUCAGCAUUUUUACACAUCAAUUGUUGAAAGGAAAGGAAAUCAUGGCUGGAGAACAUCUCAGUACAAAUGGAUAUACUCCUCUUCCACAAAGCAUUAGCAGUACUGACACUGAAGAUGACGAUGAACACCUCACUCUGCCUAAUCAAACUCUUCAAAGAGAGUCUGAGGAUACCACCAUGAUAGGUUCAUUGUAUAAUAAUAGCCAAUUUAAGCCUCUGGAUGAAACCCAAAAUGUGUCAAAUCGAAUAAGAAAUGGACAAACUUCAUUCGGAUAUUGUAGCGACAAUAUUCCAAUGAUGGUUUUGGAUGCGGAAGGUCACGAUUUGUGGAAGCCCCAUGAUCUGUCAUCUCUAGGACGAAUUUUUUUGGUGUUUUCUAUACUCUUAUGCAUUCUGACCACCCUCAUAUUUUUGUACGUUCUUCCGUGUGAUGAUUCCCUCGUCUGUGCUGAUGCCUCGACACCGAAAUCUUCCCUAUCCUGGGAAAAGAUUCUGGAAGGCGUAGAAUUACAGGGUCCAAUUUCGAUUGUCUCAAGAAAUCCCUCGAAUCUCAUUUUCCUUUUUCGAGGUCAGAGGUUUGGAAAAACGAAUUCGCAGCUGGCAGGACAACAAAUUCUUCCGGACGGUGGUGGAGUUUUAUCAAUUCAAGGGACCAAUGGAAUGCUAUUGUGGUGGAUUAUCCGGAAACGUGUUCCCACCGACAUUAAUUGCCAUGCUUUGGAUAUUGAUGGUUUAGAAAAACCAGAUUGUAUCGUAGUAGGCGAACAAGGACUUCUGGACAGUAUCAAUUCAACAACAGGAGUGAUACAGUGGAGAUCGACGACUCGAACGUAUCAAAAGUUACCCGUGGUUUUACCAGAUGUUGAUUUGGAUGGCACUAAUGACUUAUUGAGCGUGGAUGUCAGCGCAGAAUCUAAUAUGAAACUGGUUCUUAUAUCUGGGAAAGAUGGCAGUUUAUUGAAAACGCAUCCAAUUUCUGCGUGCCAUGAUGUUCAGCUUUACGGCCUAGAUUCUAAUUUUAGCGUUCCGUAUUUCUGCAGAUCAACAACUGGAAAAGAAACAGGGCAAUCAGUUUCAUUAGAGGAGUUGCUGCCUAAUGUGAAAUUAUCCCGCGUACAAAAGAAACUUGGUUUAGCAUCAAAGUCUACAUUCAAGAAUUCAGUGUCAUUAAAUAAAAGAAAAGAGGCCUGGGAUUUAAGUCCUAACCAUAGGCUCCAUGUAAAGAAUCAGGGAGUGUGCCCUGGAGAGCACUGUCAAGUCAGCGUUAACGUGACAGUUUUGAAAUUGAAUGAAACGUUCGUGAUUUGGCAUUAUAUACGUUCGGGUACGUUUGUAUCCAUCCCUGUAAUUUUGAGCCAAACCGACGAGUCUGUCAAAACCGAGGGAUGCAUUCUGAAAUUCUGGCACUGGCUAGCGCCUGAUGCUGAACAGCAUGCUCUAAGCGAAACUGGUAUCGUUAAACGAACCGUAACGGAAAGAGUAUUAAUGAUCUUUAUAAAUGGCUCAGACUUUCGCGCGAUUAACGCCAGUCAGAGUGAAGUCAUGCAGUUUUGUAGAAAAGGCGACUGUCAACCAAAUCUCGAAUUACAGACCAGAUCUAUCUCCAUUGUUGAUCUCGAUGGCGAUGGAUCAUCAGAGCUAAUCAGUUACCAGUCUUCGUAUGACUCUGAAAAUCCAGAAGUUCUUACGUCGAAAGUACAAGUAGUUAAACUAAAUGCAGCUCUUUGAGAAAAAGACUUAAGAUUGGGAUAAUGGCUUUCUCGAUUUAAAAAAACUCUAUUAUAAAUAACAGGAAGAAAUAUCAAUAAUCACUCGUAACACAUGAAGUAUUAUUUAUUUGCAUAAAAUUAAAAUUUUAUAAUAGGUUUGUACACAGUGACAGCUGAUUUAAAACUCAUAUACAUGAUGGCCGCUAGGUCGGGAAAGCGCAUCUGGAAAACGGGCUAGAAAUAGAAUUUUCAUAGGGAUUUGGCAAUGAAUGUAGUUCUUGGCUGUUAAUUUUUGUAUAUUACU